AUGGCCUGGCCACUCGACUCUGUCAAAAACCAGAAGUUAUACAGAUUGGAAAAAUCACAAUUGAGAUUUUACUAUGCUUUUAUUGGACCUUUGAGCAAGAUACCUGGUCCUUGGAUUGAGAAAAUAUUUCCAGAAUUAGGUGGACUGUUCGGUAAACAUCACAGCCAAAGAUUCAUUACUUUAAAGAAAUACCACGAAAAAUAUGGCCAUAUAGUUCGAAUUGGCCCUACAGAGAUAUCAAUUUCAGACAAAGACAUGCUAAAGCAAAUCUUGGUAACAGAAGACCUUUCUAAAGGCCUAGGAUACAAAAGAUUUCAAAAUGGCGGAAGAGCAAAUAUAUUUGACACAACAGACAAAGGGUUCCAUCGACAGCGUAGACGUCUCGUUUCUCCAGCCUUUUCAAUCAAAUACAUCAAUUCUCUUGAGCCAUUGAUUGAAUCUGUCACAGAAUCUUUAAUUGCACGAAUUAACAGGGAUAUAGAAGGCACAAAGUCAAGCAAAGGGUUUGGACAAAUAGACAUUUGGAGACUCUUUCAAUUAUUUUCAUUGGAUGUUGUUGGCGAAACUUCUUUUGGAGGAACAUUUAAUGCGCUAGAAGACAGCAACCAUGUUGUACCAGUGACGAUAAGCAAGCUAUUAAGAACUCUAGGUUUUGUUGUGAACUAUCCGUGGAUUGUGAAACUUCUUCGUAUUAAAAAAGCCAAAAAGACCCCACGCCUAGUGGCUUUUGCUACCGAUAUUGUUCUUGGUCGUCUAGAGAAAGGCGAUAGACGCAAUGAUAUUCUUCAGAUUAUGAUAGAUACUCAAAAAGCAGCCAAGGAAGAAGAUCGUUUGAGUACAGAUGACAUUAUAUCAGAAAUAACAAUGUUCCUUGUCGCAGGCACAGAAACUAUCAGUGGAACAAUGGGCUUCGUUUUUAUUGAAUUGUGUAGACACAAGAAUGUCUGGUUAAAGCUACGGGAUGAGAUUGACGGAAUAGUCUUGGAGGAAGGAAAGAAGUUUCCUUGUCAGAGCCAACUCAAGGAUCUUCCUUAUCUCAAUGCAGUUAUAAAUGAAACGAUGCGUCUAAAUUCUAUUGUCUCUAAUGGCAUUGAUAGAAUUGCAACUCGAGAUAUCUUUAUGAAAGGAGAUGUUCUUGUACCAGAAGGGACUACAGUAAGAUGCAGUCCCUGGAUUGCCCAGACACACCCAGAUUACUGGCCCGAACCCCUGUCUUUUAAUCCAGACAGAUGGCUCCCAGGCACAGAUUCAAAGCCUAAUAUGGAAGCUUAUUUCCCAUUCAGCACAGGUUCGCGAAAUUGCAUUGGAAAAACACUUGCUAUAAAUGAGAUGCGACUUGUUAUAUCUGCAUUGAUAAAGAACUUCGAUUUGGACGAUAUCCCCAAAGAAAUGAUGGCUGCAAAUGAAAAGAGAUACUACAUCACGCUAACUUUGGAAUCUGGAAGCUUCAAGCUUCUUUUGAAGCCUAGAAAUGCUUGCCCACAAUUAUAA